UUAACUCAGACAUUUGUAUCAUCCAAUUCUUCUUAUUCAUUAGGCUUGCAAUAUAACGAGCGGAUUGUUUCAAAAGUGUUGGUAUGAGAAUGAUUCACAGCCUUCGAAAUAGUCUUGAACCAGACCAAAAGAGGCCCAACCACCAACGAGAUCGUCUUCUUCGCAAUGCCAAUCUCAAAUGCCGAUGACAUGUACAAUACUAUGGACCGUUCGCAACGCUUGAAGCGGACGUCAAAUGCCUGUCAACGAUGUCGAUCUCGAAAGGUCAAAUGCUCCGGCACACACCCCUGCGACAAAUGUCGUUCGCGUCGCCAGGAAUGUGUCUUUGAAGAGGACCGGAAGAUCAUGGUUUCUGAGGAGUUGUUUUUGUCCUUGCAACGCCGAGUAGAAGAGCUUGAAGGCACUUCGUCACCACGGCCUCGGAAACGAGCUCGGACGAUACGAAAUAGCUCGCCUCCGGAGCAGGAUUACAGACAUUCGUCUGAGGCACCGAAAGAGGCGACGCCUGAACCUCCGGAAGGAAAUCGAUAUGAUGACCGAUUUGCUUCUAAUCCUCUAGUCUCUCCGUCGACCUUUGUGAAGCAGUCCGGUCGAAGACAGCGCGUAUGGUUAUUCCUCGGUCCUACAUCAACCUGGUCUUUCAGUCGCCGUGUUCUCAGCGUCAUUCAGACUCGACUGAAUCCCAAUCAUUUUGCACCAAUUCCCACUCCGGUGGACGGCGAUGCCUAUGAGAUCCGCUGGCGCAAGGCCAGCUCGGAAGAAGCACCCGAUAUUAGUGGCCUUCCCUCACUGGAACACGCACUUUACAUUCUCAACACCGUCCAGUUCCACUUCGGCCAUCUGUACCGGAUGUUCGACGAGAGUGAGUUCUUGCGUCACCUGUACGGGUUCUACGAAGAUGCCGCGGCCAAGGUGCAGGAAAGUCGUCUUUGGUAUAUCCAGUUUCUCAUCAUCUUGGCAUUUGGCGAUGCCUUCUUGGCCCCGGUCCGAAAGGCAAAUAACACGAGUUGGACCAAAUUCUUCUCGCGUGCCAUGUCAUUGUUACCGGAUACCACGGAGAUGUGGCAGGAGCCUACUUUGGCCACUGAAGUUCUGGCUCUGGUUGCGCUUUAUCUGCACUCGGUUGAUAUGAGAGAUAAUUCGUACUGUUAUAUUGGUCAAGCAAUGCGAGUUGCGCUGGUGGAAGGGUUUCACCGCGCCCUACCAGUCGAUCAAUUGGGCCAGAAAUUGGUCGACAGAUGCAGUAAUAUCUGGUGGACGGUAUAUAUUCUAGACCGCAAAUUCUCGUCUCUACAGGGAUCGCCGAACUCUGUAAAUGAUGAGGAUAUUACCACGAAUCUUUGGGACGCCCGAUCGGGCUCCGACAAAGAAGCUGCACUGAGUCUUCAUGUCAAGAUCUCUCAGGUCAUCACUCGUGUGCUCAACACGGUGUAUAGCGCCGACGGCAGGCUCGGUGGCAGAUUCCUGCGAAAAGUACGGUCUGUUCUACAUGAGAUGACCGAGCUCUCUCGGGAACUGGAAGAGGUUUUUGCCCAUCGCUUUUCUAAUUCCGUCGAUGCACUAUCCGGUGUCACAACACGAUUGACUCUAUCUUGUCACCUGUGCAUCAUCGUCACCACCAGACCCCUGGUACUCAGCCUUCUUUGGGAACGACUCAGUUGUUUCGAAGAAGGCGACGUAUUCCGAACACUAUCAUCCCCUGUCCGAACUCUCCUCGAGGCAUGCACAGAUUCUGCCACCAAGUCACUCAGGAUUCUAUGUGCGCUGCGGGAUCAGAACAUACUCGAAACCUUCCUCCCCUUCGACCUUGAAAACCUGUUUUCUUCCUUCUUCGUCCUCUCCCUCAUAUCCGCCAUUCUCCCGGAUACCCUCCCCGACCCCAACUAUCGCGAAAUGGGCUUCAGUCUCCUCGACGAGAUGAUCUCCCGCGGCAACCGUGUCGCGCAAAUCCGCAAAUCCGAAAUUGAGCUGCUGGAAGAACUGGUCCAGCCCAUGAUGCAAUCGCAUAUCCGGCCCACCCAGCCCGGGACGCAUGCCCUUGCGCAUGUCAUGGCCCCGUUGGCCCCGAAUCAUCUUGCCGAGCCGGUCAAUACCCCUAUCACGGCUUUGGACACAACAGUCACCACGCCAGCAUUGCAGGCUGGGCAAGAGGAUGAUCUGUCGUUUGACUGGCGUGAUCUUGGAUUAUCGAUGGAUCAUAUGCUCUCGGUGACUGACCAGUUGGAUGCGAAUAACUUGAUUCUUGAUGCGGAGCGGGAGGGGCUGCAGGCUGAUCUGUGGCUGUGGAGUGAUAAUCCAUGAAUCUUAUGAUAUAAACCAUUGGCCUUCAAUGGGGGGCGGCGUAUAUAACGGCCAAUUAUUUAUCAUUUCAUUCAUAUCUUGCAUAUAUCCGUUCUACGUUUAGCAAAC